UUCCUCAAUGGAAAAAGUGUUACAAACUGCCUGUGGCGCUAUGGAAGCAUGGAGACAGGAUAGUCAUCUAUUGAGACCCUCGAGGAACUAUUGGGCAAAGUGACAGAAAUGAAGAGCUUGAACCAUCGCUUCAGCAUGGCGGCAGCUGAAUCUGACAAGGACUCUGGAUAUUCAGAUGGAAGUUCAGAGUGCCCGAGUGCCAUGGAGCAGACUGAGUCGGAGGAUGUGCUGAACGCAUUGUGUUGGAAUGCAGAGGAUGGGCCUUGGCAAUGCCCCAUGACCACAAGCAACUCCUUUCCUGCCCUUUCCCCUAUGGUUGUAAUGAAAAAUGUGUUAGUUAAGCAGGGGAGUUCAUCACAGCUCCAAUCUUGGACUGUGCAGCCAUCCUUUGAAGUGAUUCCAGCUCAGCCACAGCUAGUGUUUCUUCGUCCAUCAAUCCCACCUCCUAUUAACCCUCACCCUAUCGGGAAAAAAAGAAAUGACUCCACUAAUUACCUGCCCAUCCUGAAUUCGUAUGCCAAAAUAGCACCACAGCCCUGCAAAAGGGAUCACUCCUUUGAUCUGGAAGAACGUCAGGAAACCAGUUGCCAUAAACGACUCUGCACAGAAGCACCCAAGAUGGAGACUCCUCCUGUAUUGAGGAGCACUGGCUUGCCUACUAGUCCUUUUGCCCACCUACCAGUUAGCUUUAAGACCCCUCAGGAUUCUAACCAGGAAAGUUCUCCAACUCUAGUGACAAGUGGAAAACUGUCAGCUCUUCCUGGUUUUCAUCGUGUUUCCAGUGACACUCAGAAAGUGCCGGGUUUGACUCCUAUUUUGCCUUUUGGAACUCUGCAGGCAACAAAGUGCACCCCUCCUGAGAACGAGACUACAGCACAGACUACAAUGCAGUCUGCAGUGUGGAGCCCUUCAUUGAUACCAGAAGAGAUUUGCACUACCCCUGAGCUGCUCUUGCAACAACAAAGCAAGUGCAGACGCUUUCAGAAUACACUCGUUGUGCUACGCAGGUCGGGAUUGCUAGAGAUCACUUUAAAAACCAAGGAGCUCAUUCACCAGAACCAAGUGACUCAGGCCGAGCUGGACCGGCUGAAGCAUCAAACACAGCUUUUCAUAGAGGCAAUAAAGAACAAUGCUCCACAGUCAUGGGCAGAGCUAGAAGCAUCUCUAACAGGAUCUGAUAAAUCUGAUAGCAACCUUGAAGACCCCACUUAUCCCAACAUGUAG